GCUCGCCUCCUUCUCCAAGGCGAUCAAUCGGAUCUCAGGCAUACUACAAGCACUCUCUUACGUCGACGUCCACGAGAACAGAGCUGAUACAACAACACGGCUGAGCUCCACCACCAAAUAUCUAUCUGCUUUCUGAACCAUGUCGCUGAGCCCAAAGCACACGACACCUUUCUCAGUGACAGAUAUUUUGAGCCCAAUUGAGGAGACUUACAAGAAGUUUAGUGGCAUGGAGAGCACUGGAAACCUCACAUCUCCAUUGGGAGCGUACCGGCAACCUCAGGUGUCCCAGACUGGCAUGCAGCAACACUCUAUGGGCCACAACGCCACUGUGGCGACCACCUACCACAUGCCACACUCCGUUUCCCAGUUCUCGCACAGUGCAAUGGGGGGCUACUGCAAUGGCAGCAUUGCCAACAUGGGGGACCUACCCUCUUACCAAGAAACUAUGAGAAACAGCGCAGCAGCAACAGGGUGGUACGGCGCCAAUCCUGACCCUCGAUACUCAACAAUUUCUAGAUUCAUGGGACCUUCCACAGGUAUGAACAUGACAGGAAUGGGCACGCUGACAGGCAUGGCCGACACCACCAAAUCCAUCCCACCUCUGCACGCAGCCCCAAGGAGGAAACGACGGGUGCUCUUCUCUCAAGCACAAGUCUACGAGCUGGAAAGGAGAUUUAAGCAGCAGAAAUACCUUUCAGCGCCCGAGAGGGAACACCUGGCUAGUAUGAUACAUCUAACCCCGACGCAGGUCAAGAUCUGGUUUCAGAAUCAUCGCUACAAGAUGAAACGGCAGGCCAAGGACAAAGCGGCGCAGCAGCUUCAACAGGAGGGCAACCUGUGUCAACAGCAGCAGUCGCCCAGGAGAGUGGCUGUCCCUGUCUUAGUGAAGGAUGGCAAGCCUUGUCAAAACGGCUCCAACACACCGACGCCAAACCAACAACAGCAAAUGCAGCAGCAACAGCAGCAGAACGGUUCCGGGGUCGUGCUUCCUACCUCCAGUAAUUCUAUGAGCCAACACCAAACCCAGCAGGUCAACGCACUGGUCCAGGCCCAAGACCUGGAGGAAAUGUCCCCCAGUCCCCCGUCACUUCACUCGCAGAUGAACAACAUGGGCCAGAUAGACACUACUGUAGAUUACACAAAUAACAUGGUCACGUCAAAUCUGCUUUAUGGCAGAACGUGGUAAGACCGGCCACCUUUUCUUUCCUCCGUUUUCCACAAACUUUAGCGUCCUCUGAAUAAAGAACUGCGGGUGAGGCCAAAAGCAGACAGUGCUGCGCCCGCCGAGCAUCCGUGUCGCGGGUGAUCGGAUCAAAGGAGCCAGUUUUUGAGGGAAAUGUACCACUUUUUUUCUAAAAAAGACAGUUUUUGUGGUCACAGUUUUCUACAAUGACCCUUCUACUCAUUAUGGACAAAAUAACAAUUUAUAGCCUCACGCUGUAUGUUUUGGACUUCCUUUUGUUGUUCUAGUAGAAGGUUGUCUGUUGUUAAACAAAAUUGCUGCUCCACAUCUAUGGCAAUGCCAGGACACGGGAGGCAAUGUUUCAUAUUUCAGGUAUGAACUUCUAGCAAGAACUGGAAAAGUUUCCAGAUCUCAAUAAAUGCCUGAACUUGCGACUGAAGCGACUAUUGUAAAAAAAAAAAAAAAAAAAAAACGAACAAAAAAAAAAAACUAAUGUAUUCAUUUAGAGAAAUGAAAAGUAGGGACUGUAUAUUUGGCUAACACUUAAGUUUCUGUUUACUUGUAAUAUAAAUGUUUGAGUCUUUUCGUUGGUCAUUUAUUCUAUUCUUUUUUGUUUUUUUGGUAAAUUAAAACAAAGACACAAAGACGAUGGCUGCUGUAUAUGUUUCAAACCAAUUGAACGUUAACAAUAAAUCAAUUAAACCGCACGCCAUUGUUGGGGAAUUAAUGUGUGUAGAGUAAUUUCUGUGAAGUGCGUUUUCCUUCAGUUAAUAUCUGAAAAUACAUUUAAUAUAAAAAA